UUUAUUUAUUUUACACAGGAGUGUUGUGUUUAACCAGACUGCGGCUGGUGACUGAAUUUAUUCACCUUUAAAAAAUAAAUAAAUAAACAAGUGUUUGUGUACUUUGUGCUGGUUUCUGGCGCCCACUUCGCACUACAAUGCUCCAUUUUUUUCUAGCUCCCCCUCCCCCUCAUCUCUCCUCCCCCUCCCCCUUCUCCUCCUCUGUCCUGUGGAAGGCGGCGCCAUGUUUGAACGACGUCACAAAACAGUUAGCGAGCUCGCGCCCUCUCUGUCAAACCCACGUAAACACGGAUAUACCGUAUAAUUCUGAUCUGAAUGCGUAAUAAGAGUAAAGUUAAACAGUUAUAAGAACGUCGUUUCAUUGUUGGAGCACUCGUUAUUCUCGUUUUCACGGUCUUUUGGGCGCGCGCGCACACACACACACAGGAAUAAGCCGAAUGUGUACUCUGCUGAAAACACACACCAGCCAUAGAAACCGUUACAGAAAUUCUAAUGGUUCUAAUGGGAAUUGUUUUGGUUUUAAUGGAAACUAUAUUCCUUGGUCAUUGUGGAUCUUUACUGGUAAGGUGUUGGGUUCUAUUGGCAGCAUGUUUAUGUCUAGUGGAAACCAAUACGAUUAAAUACUGGCUCCAAAACACACUACAUUUGUUAAUGGCAUUUGUAGUGAGAACUUCUAGACUUUUUGUAAUGGUUUCUAAAUAAUACUAAACGGAGUGAAAUAACCCAUGUAUAUGGGCCUAAAUAACUCGGUCAUAGCGCACAAAGUGUGUGUGUGUGUGUGUGUGUGUGUGUGUGUGAGGGAGAGAGAGAGAGAGAGAGAUCCUGCUGGGUACCAGAUGUCCCCUACAAGGAGAGGAAUAUGUGAGCUUUGGGCUUUUGGGGACAUUUGGUUGGUCCUCGUGGGCCAAAAGGUUUCCUUCUGGUUACUGAGGUUAAGGUUGGGGUCAAUGGGAGGUCCUCACAUGAACAAAGGUGUGUGUGUGUGUGUGUGUGUGUGUGUGUGUGUGUGUGUGUGUGUUUGACUUCUAUACUCCUAAUUUAAUUUGGUUAAGUAUAGAAUACAGUAUGCGGCAUGCAACUUACCUCGGAAGUUGGAACUUGGAAUUACGUCAUUUUCGACUGUCCUGCGUUUCCAAGCAGGAAUUCCGAUUUGGAGAGGCGUAUUUUUUUUGUGUUUGUUUUUAGUCGGAGGACAGAAAUUCCAAGAUGUUUGGUUUCCAUAAGCCGAAGAUGUACCGCAGUCUGAAUGGAUGCUGUAUCUGCAGGGCGAAGUCCUCCAGCUCUCGCUUCACAGACAGCAAACGCUACGAACGAGACUUCCAGAGCUGCUUUGGCCUCGGCGAGACGCGCUCUGGAGAAAUCUGUAACGCUUGCGUGCUGUUGGUGAAGCGCUGGAAGAAGCUUCCGGUCGGAUCCAAAAAGAACUGGAAUCACGUGGUGGACGCGCGAGGUGGACCCAGCCUGAAGAUGACCGUGAAGUCUAAGAAGGUGAAGCCUCUUUCUAGAAGAAUCAGGCCGAGUCAGAUCUGCCGAGUGCAGAAUGAGCUGAAAAGAAACAACUCCGAUGCUCACAGCACCACCUCCAGCACUAGCCCUGCCCAGUCUCCUAGCUACAGCAACCAAUCAGACGAUGGCUCUGACUCCGAGCUGGCUCCAGGCUCCGCCCGCUCGCCGUGCUUCUCCUUCUUAGACCUGACCUACUGGCGAAGGCAGCGCGUGUGCUGCGGCAUCAUCUACAAAGGCCGCUUUGGAGAAGUGCUCAUCGACCCGCAUCUCUAUAAACCCUGCUGUCAGAAGAAACGGGCGCAGGGACGCGAGGAGGAAGAGCCGGACGACGAGGACGUGGAGCUGGAGAAAGAGGAAGCACCGGCGAGUCAGAGCAUGCUGGUGUCUCCGCACGCGCCGACCGGUUCUCCGGCUCUUCCUCUCAAAACCGAAGGAGAGGAGGAAGAGGAGUGGUGACUCCGAGCUCCGGUUCCCAGUGAACUGACGGUGUUUUACGGGGUUUGAGGGGUUUCGUAGUCUUCAGGCACUUGUAAAAGAAGUUCUCUCGAUUUUUCUACAGUCCAAGAGCAGCUAGAACGUUUUUUGUGUUUUUCUCCUCCUCUUUUUCUUCCUUUCUCUCUCUGAGGUGGGAUGACUGUGUGGUUUUUGUGCACUCGCAUCCUCAUUGUUCAACACUCGAGUAUUAUAACGAGACGUUAUAACGAGCUCCUUUUCCUAUUCGUCAGUCUUUUCGUUAUGACCCAGAACUCGCGCUCUCCUCAACCCCGAGUUCAGCAAGUGACGUCAGAUCAACAUGGCCGCUCGCGGCGUGAACAGCAAACGCAACGGCAGCCCGUCUUACCUUUUUAAAAUGAGUUAUGCUGUGUAUAUACAAGCAUUAGCUUUAGAUCAGACAUACUGACUUGUUACUCAUGAAAUCUAUAACGCUGCCUAUACAGUUGACGGUUUUGAGCGAGGGGAAAUGCAGACGCGUCUCGGUUAGCUAGCUCGCACGCAGCGUCGUCCCCGGACGCCGAGUGUUCCACCGCGCGCUGUAUUACGCUGACUAACCGGACGCUUUUCCAUCAGCCCACGUGUAGUCCUGUAAAUAUUUAGACCCCCACUUCUUACAUUUUUAUUUCUUAUCAGCAAUAUCCACAUCACGCAUGAAAGCUAAGCGAAGCCGUCUGUCCCGAAGAGAAUCCGCAUGAAUCUUCGCGGGUUUUGUUUAUCUAGCGGUUCGUUUUAGCCAGGUUUUGAUACAACUCUAAUAAAUAAGUACCUAUAUAUCUAUAUAUCUAUACACGUAUAUUUUUGUAGGUAAAAAAAAAAAAAAACUCAAAAAUUAAAUUCACUGCGAUGUCGUGUUCGAAAGAUAUCACUUACAAAUUUUUAAACUUUUUUUUUUUUUAAUUAUACAUAUGUAUUUUUUUUUUUUUGUUGUGGAAUCUGACCAGCAGUUUAGCCAAAUAACCACACACAAUCAAGUGUGUGUAUUUAUUCGCUUGACUUCACUGACACUCAUUUUUUACUAACGGUACCUCUCCUGUCUUCAGUCUGCGUUCGUAAAACAUUGUACUCUGUGUGUGUGUGUGUGUGUGUGUGUGUGUGGGGGGGGGGGGGGGGGGGGGGGGGGCGGGCGUCAGGUUCAUUUUCUCUUGGUUAGUUAAUUCAAGGUCAUUGUUUUUGUUUAUUUCGUCCUAAUUUUCCAUUUGUAUUCAAAAACUGAAAAGUCCUUUUUCCUGUUUUUACUCUAAAAUGUUGUUUUUUUUUUUUUUUAAUUAUUUUUUUCUUCUCCAUAUUUUACAUGCAUGGGUCCUUUUUCAGAAGACGGCAUUAAAGAGCAGGUGACCCGUAACGCACCAUACGCAAUAUAAAGCCUUUCUUUCAGAGGGACGCAUCAUGAGUCAGAUACGAGUGAACGAGUCCCCCCCCAACCCCCCCCCCCCCCCCCCCCCCCCCCCCCCCGUAGAGGAACACUGAUUGUUUUUUAUUGUUUAAAAUGAGGGUGGAAAAAACCCAAAACACUCCAUUAGACGAAAUUAGGUUCCCUUUUUUGUGUGUGUGUGUGUGUGUGUGUGAGUGAGAUUAGUGUUCGGCAGCUGUGUGACGUCGUUCUGAUGCCAUAACGAACUGUACCUGUGCGUCUGCUGGGUUUCCUGUUUCAUCCGUGAUCACGCGUUCAUUUCCUCAGCUCUAGAAUCAUGUCACACUAUCUUUCUCAGUUGUCUGUAAAUAAUCGAAUAUAUUUUUGAACUGAAUGCUUAUAAUAUUCGUUCUGUUAUUUAUUUCAUAUUUAUUUGCAACACAUCACAUUUUUAAAUGAAUAAAAAAGGAAAUAUUAAAGGAUCAUGCAUCACCGCACAACCCAUACACAGAUUUCAAACUUAAGCAUGUGACCGCUGAUGAUUUAUUAUUAUUAUUAUUAUUAUUAUUAUUUUAAAAUGUAGUUUGGUUUAUUCAGGUAAUAUAAUGUCCAGUACCUGCCUGUUACUUUGCUUCAGUUUCUUCUCUCAGUUGUUUGUACUCUACAGGCAUGUAUUGUAGCUAUGCACUUUGUAUGAACCUUUUUAUUCUGAAAAAUACUCUACUUUUUUUUAAUUAUUAUUAUUAUUACGUACUCCACUUUUUACUCGUUUGUCAAUAAACAUAGCUUGUGACGUUA